AUGGAAAGAAGCAGCACAAAGAAAAUAGUCACUGCCUUGGAAGGGUGUGCGCCCUCGCAGGAGCACCUCCACAGAAUCCCUGCCGAGGACAUGCCUUUUGUGUGCAUGAUUUGCAAGGAGGUGCUUCUGAAGAAAAAAGUGCAGAGCCACUUGUGCGAGCCUCAGGAGAAGAAAACCGAGCUUGAAGAGAGCGCGUUCUUCAACACACACUGCGGGGUUUUAGAUGCAGAAACGGGCGUAAACUGCACGCGCAGCCUCAACUGCAAGGUCCACUCCGUACUCAUGAAGAGAGCGGUGUGCAAGAGAACGCAGUCGUUUGACGCUCUUCUGAAGAAGUCCAUGGAGGAGAAGAAAAAAAGGAAAAUCGAAAGGGAGGACGAGAAAGCUGAAAAGAAGGAGAAAAUACUCGACGGGUGCAUCAAGCUGGAGGAGCAGAUAUGCGCAAAGCUUCUGUCGCAUGUGCCGGUUGUUGAGAAAACGUUCUAUCUCCCGGAAAUAAAGUUUGACACCCUCGCAGUUCGGAGCUUGUUUUUCCAGCCUUUGAAGAUAUGCAGGGCGCAGCAGGAAAGAAGAGGGCGCCCUGGCAGGCCCUAA